UUCAAAUCUGACGAGCGGUUAUCCUUUGGGGCGCAUGAGUGAAGCAGCUUGGUUGCAGAGGGAGCAAGCGGGUACGCUGACGGCAGGGGAUACUUGUAAGGAUGGAUCCUUUCACCGAGAAACUGUUAGAACGAACUCGUGCCAGGAGGGAGAAUUUACAGAAGAAGAUGGCUGGGCGUCCCACAGCAGGAGUGCGGAGUACAGCUCAAACAAAAAGGAAUAGAGAACCUUUGUCAGAAGCUGGUAACCAGGCACUUCAGCCUAAUGAAGAAGCAAAACCAGGUACAAAGCCAUCACCAUCCAAAAGACAUUGUUCGGACAAUGCAGAAAUUCCAGUUUCUAAUUCAGAGAAUACGCAUCCAAUUAAUUUGUCCUCCAUAAACCCAGUUCUUCCUGAAGUGACUCCUACCUCUCAGCUUGCUGCCCCAUCCUCAGAGAUUGAAGAACACAACUCUACACCUGAACUGGCUUCGGUUAGUUCAGUUAAAACACGUAUGCAGAAGCUGGCUGAACAGCGACGCUGCUGGGAGAAUGAUUUGCCUGAAAGUACUUCCAUAACUCCUACCCUGUCAAAAGAAUGUGUCAUUUCCCCACCCAAACAACUUCCUGCUACAGCUUAUACCCCAAUAGGGAGACGAGGUCGUCUAGCUAACCUUGCUGCUACAAUUGGCUCCUGGGAAAAUGACCUAAGCCAUCCAUCUGCAAAGCAAAACAAUACACAAGAACAGCCUGGUACUACUUGUUUUUCCAAAUUGUCCACUACAAGUGGAGCAUCUGCUAGAAUCAAUAGUGGCAGUGUGAAGCAGGAUGCUACAUUCUGUUCACAAAGGAAUGUGAAUAAGUCUUCAAUCUCUGGGAUAUUGGAAGGAACUAGUAGUUCCAUAACAAAAGCUUCAGGAAUUACUAGCAACCAUGCUAAAGAAAUUGAGGAACCAAAGCUACAAGAAAAGGGCAGUCUUAACCUAACACCAAAACCUCAAGAAAUUCCUGCCAAAGAAGAGCAAACACAAGGAACGCAUGUACAAGUUGGCCACAAAGAUAAGCCCAUCACACCAGGAGGUUCAAGCAUCAAGCCUUUUCUGGAGCGUUUUGGAGAGCGUUGCCAGGAGUACACUACACAAAGUCCCGCUAUCGUGGGAGGGUACAGAACUCCAGUUAUCACUCCAAACACAAAGACAAUCCAAGAAAGACUCUUUAGGCAGAAUGAAGCAUCUUCAGCUUCCAGUCUAGCCCAGCAGCUAAAACAAGAACGGGAAAGAGAACUUGCAUGUAUUCGAGGUCGCUUUGACAGGAGCAAUUUGUGGAGUGCUGAAAAAGGAGAGCAGCCCAAGAAAAAGCCUCCAGAGAUAAAACCAGAGAAUCAGACGCAUGCUGAUGUAAAGCACUUCCCAAGUGCAGAUGCCAGUUCCCAAUUAAUAGUAAAAAAGUUGACAACACUUGAGAGAGUAGCAGAAAGUACAUAUUCAGGUCCUUCAGAAAAUGAAAAUGCAGAACUCAGUCCUCUGAAAGUUUGUUCACCAAAGACUCCUGUAAAAACAGCAUCUAACUCAAAACUUGAGCAACUUCCUGACAAACAGAACGGUGAAGAAGAAACUGAGGUAAAUGAUGAGAUGAAUAGUGCAAAGGUAAUAAGUGACAUCUUUGAUGAAGUCCUUCAUGAAGAUGGGUCUGAUAUAGAGAAACUUAAAAAAGAAAUGAGUAUAACUUUAGAAGCUGAGAAUGAUGAUGAACAGGAAGAGACACUGAAUAUUUCAUCAAUGUCCCUCUUAACACCUUUAACAGAGGCUGUUGCUGUUACAAGUCCAGAGAUUUUUGCUUCCCCUAGUAAAUCAAUUGCUGAGGGAAGUACUGCAAGUGAUGAUAGUCCAAAGUCCAUCAGAUUCCAGAGAAUGUCUGUCUGCAGAACUGAAUCUGGAAGCAGCAUUGGAUCUUUUUCAGAAGAACGUAACCUUUACAGUAUUGAUGCCUAUCGAUCUCAGAGAUUUAAGGAAACCGAUCGUCCAUCAAUAAAACAAGUAAUUGUUCGUAAAGAAGAUGUAUCUUCCAGGCUUGAGGAGAAGAGAAAUGGAAAUGAUCAAACUAAUAUUAAACACAAGUUACAGGAGCUGAAUAAUGAAAUUAAUUUGCAACAAACUGUCAUACAUCAAACAAGCCAGGCUCUUAAUUGCUGUAUUGAUGAGGACCACGGGAGAGGAUCACAAGAAGAAGCAGAAGCUGAGAGACUACUUCUUAUUGCAACUGAAAAAAGAGCAGCCCUAUUGGAAGAGUUAAACAAGCUUAAAAAUAAAGGUCCUCAGAAUAAGAAGAUAAAAGCUGAUUCUACGCUUUCUAGAGUUUCACCAUCUAAAGGAUCUGUCACUCUGUCAGAAAUGCGACUACCUUUAAAAGCAGAUUUUGUAUGCAGUACUAUCCAGAAAGCAGAAACAGCAAAUUACUACUACAUAAUAAUGCUAAAAUCAGGUGCAGAGAAUAUGGUUGCGACACCUUUAGCAAGUACUGCUAAUUCUCUGAGCGGAGAUGCCCUUUCUUUUACAACAACAUUUACACUGCAAAAUGUGUCCAGUGACUUUGAGAUAAACAUUGAAGUGUAUAGCUUGGUACAGAAAAAAGAGUCCACAGGUGUUGAUAAGAAGAAAAAAUCAACUAAGUCAAAGGCUAUUACUCCAAAGAGAUUACUGACAUCUAUUACUACUAAAACGAAUCUUCUUGCACCAGCUAUGACCAGUCCAGGUGGACCUAAUUCUGUGCGCACAAGUAACUUUGUUCUUGUUGGUUCACAUACAAUUUCACUGUCUUCAGUUGGGAGUACCAAAUUUCUGCUGGACAAGGUUCCUUUCUUGUCUCCCCUGGAAGGCCAUAUACAUCUAAAGAUCAAAUGUCAAAUAGAUUCUUGUGUGGAAGAGAGAGGUUUUUUGACUAUGUUUGAAGAUGUUAGUGGGUUUGGAGCUUGGCAUCGACGCUGGUGUGCUCUUUCUGGAAAUUGUAUCUCUUUUUGGACUUACCCAGAUGAUGAAAAGAGAAAGCAUCCACUGGGCUCCAUAAACUUGGCAAACUGCACUAAUCGUCAGAUUGAACCAGCUAAUAGAGAAUUCUGUGCUCGUCCCAAUACUUUUGAGUUAAUUACUGUUCGACCCCAGAGAGAAGAUGAUAAGGAAACGCUAGUUAGCCAAUGCAGAGACACCCUCUGUGUUACCAAGAACUGGUUAUCAGCUGAUACUAAAGAUGAGCGUAAUCUUUGGAUGCAGAAGCUAAAUCAAGUGCUUGUUGACCUUCGCAUGUGGCAACCUGAUGCUUGCUAUGUCCCUAUUGGAAAACCUUGAAUUAUGUUUUCUCCUUAAAACUUGCUUUAAAGGCUAGAUGCAAACAAUGUUAUUCUUUUAAUGACAAUUUUUGUAUAAAAGUUCUUUGGGAUUAUUCAUUAUACUUCAUGCUUUAAAAUUUGGGAAAAGGUAUGUUAUAUUGGACUACUUGCUACAUGCAAAGCUCUAAUUCGUCUAUUAUUGGUAUUUAAUGCAUCAGAGCUUGGCUUAUUUUAAGAUCUGAAGCUAUUUAGCAUGCAGGGGAAUAAAACUAUCAAGGAUUUUUUUUUUUUACUAAACAAGAAUUCUUCAAAAUUGUUCACUUUUAGUGAGGAGAUGAUCUAUUUAUACAUGCAUUUUUACAACCUAACUAGUUUUUUUAAAAAAACAAGUCCUAAAGGAUAAUGUUCACUAUAUAAGUCAUGUAUAGGAAGUGUCUGCCUGGAAUAGAACUGCAUAGAAUUGUCAAAGAUCUAAGUAGACAAAAUAAGAUUAAAAAGCAAAAGUGCAUUUUUGCACAUAAUAUGGUUUACAGGUAUGAUCAUUUAUUCAGUUAUGUUGCACAUGUUCCUAGCAAAUAAGCAUCUAGUGUUUUUUUAAAGCUGCUUUUUAAAAAAAAACAAAACUUCUCUUUCUGAUCUACCCAUUUUCAUCUUCUGCUUCAACAUUCUUCUAUUUCAUUGAUCUUCAAACAAUAGGACACAAUGUGGAUGUACUCAGGCUUUUUACAACUGAAGUACAUUAAGUAAUACUUAGAAAGAACCAUGGAUUUUUUUUACAUAAGUGAUCUAUAAGCAAAAGUAAUUUCAGAUGAAUGGUGCAAUAUCAAGGCUGCUCAGUUAAAUAACAGAUACGCAGCUUCCACAAAUGUUUUCUACUGGUAUCACAAUGUGCUAUGGUGCGGCUGCAUGCUCUGAAAAAUUAAUAGAGGUGCACUUCCUUUACCUGAUGUAGCUUUAAAUAAACACUAAUACUUUAUCGACUGUCCCCAUUCCCUUUCCACAAUUCUGUGUUUUAUUAUUAUUUGUUUUUUCUGAUAUUCUUAAGCUAUGCAGAAGACUUCAGCAUGAAUAAAAAUGCCUAUCAAAAGAA